AUGCACAGACUGGAUUUCAGAAAGUGCCGUCUUCAUUUGACACCUUUUGGCAAUUACAUUCACAAUCAGAGCUACAAUGGUGGUCGAACGAAGCUUCACUCGAAUCUGCUUUUGGGAGAUUUGUCUAAAUUCGGUCGGGUCGAGGAAGCCCGCCAAUUGUUCGACAAAAUGCCUGAGAAGGACGAGUUUACCUGGAACACUAUGAUCGUUGCUUACUCCGUCUCGGGGAGACUCGCUGAUGCGGAAAAGCUUUUCCGUAGAAACCCAGUGAAGAACACAAUCUCCUGGAACGCUCUAAUCUCUGGUUAUUGCAAGCAUGGAAGUGAAGAUGAAGCUUUCGGUUUGUUUUGGGAAAUGCAGUUUGACGGAAGAAGAAGCCCUAACGAGUACAGUUUCGGUAGUCUCAUUAGGAUGUGUGCUUCCCUUGGUUUACUUCUGAGAGGUGAACAGAUUCAUGGGUGUACAGUGAAAACCGGUUUUGAUUUGGAUGUUGGUGUGGUUAAUGGCCUUCUCGCUAUGUAUGCACAAUGCAAACGCAUCUCCGAAGCUGAAUAUCUCUUUGUGACAACGCCGUUAGGUCAAAGAAACAACGUUACUUGGACUUCGAUGCUCACUGGCUACUCUAAGAACGGUUUUCCUUACAAGGCGAUUGAGUGUUUUAGGGAUAUGACGAGACAAGGAAACAAUUCGAAUCAGUUUACGUUUCCUAGCGUUUUGACUGCUUGUGCUUCGGUUCUUGCUCGCAGGGUUGGAGCUCAGGUUCAUGGCUGCAUAGUUAAGAGUGGUUUCAAGAGUAAUAUCUUUGUUCAGAGCGCGUUGCUUGCUAUGUACGCUAAAUGCAGAGACUUGGUGACUGCAAGAGGUUUGUUAGAAGGUAUGGAUGUUGAUGAUGUGGUUUCGUGGAACUCGAUGAUUGUUGAGUGUGUUAGAGAAGGUCUUGAAGAAGAAGCUCUGUCUUUGUUCGGGAAAAUGCAUGAGCGAGAUAUGGAGAUAGAUGAGUUCACAAUCCCUUCUGCUUUAAACUGUUUCGCUUCUUCGUCUAGGAUAGGGAUUGAGGUAGCUUCUUCUGUGCAUUGUCUGAUUGUGAAGACUGGAUAUGGAGCUUACAAGCCUGUGAACAACGCUCUUGUGGAUAUGUAUGCUAAAAGAGGAGUCAUGGACUCGGCGUUGAAAGUGUUUGAAGGGAUGGUUGAGAAAGAUGUGAUCUCUUGGACGGCUCUUGUCACUGGAAACACACAUAACGGAUGUUAUGAAGAAGCGUUGAAGCUCUUCUGUGACAUGAGAGCUGGAGGCGUUUCUCCUGAUCAGUUUGUUACAGCGAGCGUAUUAAGCGCCUCGGCGGAGUUAACUCUUCUGGAGUUUGGGAAACAGGUACACGGGAACCACAUUAAGUCUGGCUUCCCGCCAUCUUUGUCAGUGGAUAACUCUCUUGUGACAAUGUACACAAAGUGUGGAAGCUUAGAAGAUGCAGAUGUGAUAUUCAACUCUAUGGAAAUCAGGGAUUUGAUAACAUGGACUGCUCUUAUUGUUGGUUAUGCGAAAAACGGCAAAGCUAAGGAAUCUCUACAGUCAUACAGUCUGAUGGUAGCUAGUGGCAUAAGACCGGAUUAUAUAACCUUUAUUGGGUUGCUAUUUGCUUGCAGCCAUGCCGGUCUCAUAGAAGAAGCUGAACGAUACUUUGAUGCGAUGAGAACAGUUUAUGGAAUCACACCAGGAGCUGAACACUAUGCUUGUAUGAUUGAUCUCUUUGGUAGAUCAGGUGAUUUCGACAAAGCAGAGGAGUUGCUGAAUCAGAUGGAGGUUGAGCCAGAUGCAACUGUAUGGAAAGCGAUUCUGGCUGCAAGUAGGAAACAUGGGAAUAUAGAAAACGGAGAAAGAGCAGCGAAGAAUCUCAUGGAACUGGAACCGAACAAUGCUGUUCCUUAUGUUCUGUUAUCAAACAUGUAUUCUGCAGCGGGAAGACAAGAGGAAGCUGCAAAUGUUCGUAGACUGAUGAAAUCUCGUAAUAUAAGCAAAGAGCCAGGUUGCAGUUGGGUUGAAGGGAAAGGUAAAGUUGAUAGCUUUAUGUCAGAAGAUAGAAGGCAUCCGAGAAUGGGUGAGAUAUAUUCAAAGGUUGAUGAAAUGAUGCUUUUGAUUAAAGAAGCUGGUUACUCACCGGAUAUGAGUUUCGCUCUCCAUGAUUUGGAUAAGGAAGGCAAAGAGCUUGGUUUGGCUUACCAUAGUGAGAAACUAGCUGUUGCGUUUGGUCUUCUUGCUGUACCAUCUGGAGCUCCGAUCCGGAUCAUCAAGAACCUGCGGGUUUGUGGGGAUUGCCACAAUGCAAUGAAGUACAUAUCGAGAGUAUAUCUGCGGCAUAUCAUCUUAAGAGACUCUAACUGCUUUCAUCAUUUUAGAGAUGGAAAGUGUUCUUGCGGAGACUAUUGGUAA